UGCACGGAUGACGCGCGCAUGCGCAGAUCACAUUUCUCCUGAGCAAGACCAGUGCUGUUCUCAGUUGAGUCUUGCCAUGAGUGCCAAAGACCUGAAUAUUUUGCCAAAUUCUGAAGAUGUUUCAGAUGAAAACAGCGCCUCUCACAUUCCAAAUGACAAUUUUUCUCAACGGCAGAAACACCAGGAUCAUACCACAAUCAUGUUACCAGCCGUAGCUCAUCCGCUGCAAAAAGCAGAGUUGCCUCAAAAUGCGAUCAAGGCUAUUAAAGGCAGUGGAGUCAGUGAACUAGACGCUGCAUCAUUGCCUGCUCAGGUUGGAGGGACCAUUGUGCACGUUCUGGGCUGGAAAGAGGGAAUGGCCAUCAUACCUGCAAGCAACCUGAAAUUAUGUGUUGGUGAUAGUGCAUCACUGGAAGUGAUAAGCGAAAGGAAAACCAUCUCUUCUAACCAGAUGACUGCAGAAUCCCUAACAAAAUCAGCUAAUUUCAGAUUUAAAAAAGAUGAAAAAUCAGAUGUGUCAGCUGAUGGGAAGGACAUGUCUGCUGCUUCCGCAGUAGAAGAGAGACUACAAAGAGCACACAUGGAAGCACGGGAUAGUCUGCUCAAUCACAAGUGUGGGACAUCAGCCAAACAUAGUUACCCAGAGGUGCUAGGAAAGGAACAAGUGUCUGAAAAUCUUGCUGGCGUUGAGAGUUUUACAGAGGCUCUACUGACCUCUCAUGAUCAUGAAAUGUUGAAGCCCAUGAAGAAAAGGAAGAGGAGGGAAUACAACAGCCUUUCAGAUGAAGACUCUGAUAAUGAACCAAUGGAGGAGAAUUUUGAAACUUCAAAACUUCAAAUUGAUGGCAGAUCCACUAAAGGUACAGCAGAAGCUAAACUUGAGUCAUGGUCCUGGCCACAGUAUCUAGAAGAGCAGAAAGCUAUUGCUGCCCCAGUCCAACUCUUUCAAGAGACACAGAGGGUUCCCAUUAUUAAAAACAACUUCAGACAGGGCAUGAAGUUAGAAGGCAUUGACCCGCAGCAUCCCUCAAUGUAUUUCGUCUUAACAGUGGCUGAGGUUUGUGGUUUUAGAUUACGUCUUCAUUUUGAUGGGUAUUCGGACUGCCAUGACUUCUGGGUAAAUGCCAGCUGUCCUAAUAUUCAUCCUGCUGGGUGGUGUGAGAGCACAGGUCACAAAUUAUAUACGCCAAAAGGAUGUAAAGAGGAAGAGUUUUCUUGGUUGAACUAUCUUAAAAUCACCCGAUCACAGGCUGCCCCAAAAGAGGUGUUUUCAAGCACAAUUAAAACAGAAACAGAUUGUGGAUUUGAGGUGGGGAUGAAGUUGGAGGCUGUUGACCGCAUGAAUCCCUCUCUCAUCUGCGUUGCCACAGUAACAGAUAAAGUAGGCAACCGUUUUCUGGUUCAUUUUGAUAACUGGGAUGACACUUACGACUACUGGUGUGAUGCUCACAGCCCAUACAUUCAUCCCAUUGGCUGGUGUCAGGAAAGGGGCCUUCCCCUCACGCCUCCACAAGAUUACCCUGACGCUGAUAGAUUCUCCUGGGAGCGAUAUUUGGAAGAGACAGGCUCAACAGCAGUCGCCACUGAAGCAUUUAAAGUGCGUCCUCCUCAUGGCUUCCAGGUGCAGAUGAAGUUGGAGGCAGUGGAUAAACGAUGUCCGGGGAUCAUCCGUGUAGCUACGGUUCAAGAGGUGGACACUUACAGAAUUAAGAUUCAUUUUGAUGGUUGGAGCCAGUUGUAUGAUGAGUGGAUGGAUUCGGACCAUCCGGACAUCCACCCAGCCGGGUGGUGUGAGAGCACAGGACAUCCCCUCAAAUAUCCACCUUGUGAACCAAUUGCCCAGAAACAUGGUCCCAGAGAGAACCUGGCAGCCCGACAGCCAAACUUCUCCAUGUCCUGUAAAAGCCUUCCUCAACCGCGCAACCCAUCCAAAUACAGCUUUCAUCACAGAAAGUGUCCUACUCCAGGAUGUGAUGGGUCUGGUCAUGUGACUGGGCGUUUUACUGCUCAUCAUUGUUUAUCCGGCUGUCCAUUGGCUGAGAGAAACCAGGGCCGACUCAAGGCAGAUCUCUCUGACACAGAAGGAUCCAAACGUACCUUCCUUGUCUUUGGGCAGAGAGGGAAAAAAUCACGAUACCAUGGCAGGAUUGGCCGCCCUCCUAAAUAUCGUAAAAGUCAGCAAAGAAAUUGUCAGAAUAUGACGUCUGAAGGAAUGUACCCCUCUCUCUUUAUGACGGCAUUCGCUGCAAAUGCUGACCGGACACUUUCGCUCUGCUGGGAGCAGCAUUGUAAGUUACUACCGGGUGUUGCAGGAAUUCAUGCAACUCAAGUAGCUACCUGGACUAUAGAAGAGGUAUUUGGCUUUGUCAAUAAUCUCAUUGGUUGCGAGGAGCAGGCCAACAUUUUUAAAGAUGAAAUGAUCGACGGAGAAGCAUUUCUUCUGCUGACUCAGAAUGAUAUUGUAAAGAUCUUGAAUAUAAAGCUUGGACCCGCUCUGAAAAUUCACAAUGCUAUUUUAAUGUUUAAGAGUACAGAUGAAAGCCUAAAGUGAGUGCUAGUGAUCAUGCACAACCUCAUUUUGCUUUACUGAUUCAUUUAAAAUCUAACAUCCAUCAUAUGUUUGGUGUAAACUGUCUAAACCCAUGGGUGAGAGAGAGAGAGAGAGAGAGAGAGAGAGAGAGAGAGAGAGAGAGAGAGAGAGAGAGACCAGCACUCAAGAGCAGGACAAACUAUUAGCCUAGCUGUAUGGAGGUAGAACAACAUACUAUAUAUAUAUAUAUAUGUAUAUAUAGUAUGGAUGUGCUAGCAUAUAUAGACCUAUUGCGUGUUGGCAAACAGAGAUGACGGAUUUUGUGGGCGGAGUCCAACUGGUGUUAGAAAGUGUGAAGUGUUUUAGUGUUAAACUGUGAUUGUUAUGGAUCCGGUGUUCUGUUGAAGUCUGUUUCCCUUUACUGUAAUGAGAUACUACUGAGAUGUGUGCAUGUUUGUAAUGUAUAUGUAUUGUUUUUAUUGGUUAAUUAUUUAUUUUUAUAGUAUGAAUUGCUAAAGUACAUAUAAGAGCAAUACUAUCAUGUAUUACCAUAAUGCCAUUUAUUCAGUAUUUCAUAAGUUUACUGUUUUCUAUUAUAUCUUACUUAUAUUUAUAGCCUACGUGUUUGUUCUAAAACCAUUAUGUUUACAUACAAAUUAAUAUGCAUAGGCCUGUUUAUAUAUUAAUAACACUUUACGUCGUGUGUGUGUGUGUGUGUGCUAUAUUUAUUAUGUCAACACAAUAAUUUUAGAACAAACUGCAGGGACAAAAUGGAAAAAGACAUGGGCUAUAAGAUAUAGGGUUAAAAUAAAAUUAUGAAAUAAUAAAUGGUAUUAUAGAAUACAUGAUAUUAUUGCUUUUUUAGUAUAAUUCAAAUUUUUAAUCUUUCAACAUAAAUUAUAAACGUAACGUGAUGAAAACAGGGAACAGACUUCGACAGAACACCGGACAUCUUUUCAUAUUAUUUUCUAUUCUGAUUAUUAAAAGAUUUCCAGAUGAUUUCAUCGCUCCAGUCUGUCCGUUUAAGGGCUUAUUGCAACAAUAUACAUAUGUUUAUCUUUAAAUGGUGUCUUUGACUACAGUAUUUUAUAAAAAUGAAGGCCAUCUUUUUUUGGCAUUCCUAUUCUGACACUCAACAGCACAACAAGACAUUUUCUUGCGAGAUAUCUUGCUCGUUUCACUCGUGUCUAAUUCUUUUCCACGUUUUUUGCCACCACAUUGCGCGCACAGCUUGCAGUCUACUCGCAAAAGGUCUAUAAAGUAUGUUGUCAACAUAAUAUAAGUAUCUAUGGUUACACUACCAGUCAAAAGUUUUUGAACACUCACUUGUUCUUUAUUUAUAUAUUUUUACACAUUAGAAAAUAAUAACUAACUAUGGCACAACACAAAUGUAACUCUGGGAAUUUUGUUGUGACUAAAAGCCUCUAAAAUAAAUUACAACUGUUAUAUUUUAUCAACGGAAGUCUAGUCACCCUUUUCCUAGAAAUUGCAAAAUCGUACUCAUGUCAUUUUAUCAAGAAGCUUCUUGAAGUUUCACUAGGAUGAUUUUUAACAAAUAUUGAAGGAGUUCACAUUUCAUCUAGGCUUUCAUUGGCUGCUUUUCCUUUAAUAUUUAUAUUAAGUCAUCUACUUAAAAAAUAAUAAUAAUAACAAAAUUAUUGUCUAUAACAAAAAUGAAUCUGUCUGGCACAUGUAUAUUUUUUUCUACAAAAGUAUUUUCAAGCAUUUAACCAUACACCUUUAGAUUUUUAAAG